UCCUAAAGAAUAUUCUUACAUAUAAUAAAGAAUUCCCAUUUGAUGUUCAGCCUGUCCCAUUAAGAAGAAUUUUGGCACCUGGUGAAGAAGAGAAUUUGGAAUUUGAAGAAGAUGAAGAAGAGGGUGGUGCUGGAGCAGGGUCUCCUGAUUCUUUUCCUGCUAGGGUUCCCGGUACUUUAUUACCAAGGUUGCCAUCAGAACCAGGAAUGACGUUACUCACUAUCAGAAUUGAGAAAAUUGGUUUGAAAGAUGCUGGGCAGUGCAUUGAUCCCUAUAUUACAGUUAGUGUAAAGGAUCUGAAUGGCAUAGACUUAACUCCUGUGCAAGAUACCCCUGUGGCUUCAAGAAAAGAAGAUACAUAUGUUCAUUUUAAUGUGGACAUUGAGCUCCAGAAGCAUGUUGAAAAAUUAACCAAAGGUGCAGCUAUCUUCUUUGAAUUCAAACACUACAAGCCUAAAAAAAGGUUUACCAGCACCAAGUGUUUUGCUUUCAUGGAGAUGGAUGAAAUUAAACCUGGGCCAAUUGUAAUAGAACUAUACAAGAAACCCACUGACUUUAAAAGAAAGAAAUUACAAUUAUUGACCAAGAAACCACUUUAUCUUCAUCUACAUCAAACUUUGCACAAGGAAUGAUCCUGACAUGAUGAACCUGGAACUUCUGUGAAUUUUACCACUCAGUAGAAACCAUCAUAGCUCUGUGUAGCGUAUUCACCCUUCAACAGGCAGGAAGCAAGCCGUACCCAGACCAGUAGGCCAGAGGGAGUCCAAUGCAAAGCUGUACCACAGAAUUCAAAGUCCAGCACAUCACUGACAUAUAGGGCUCCUUUGGAUACAGGUUUAUUGUAGAUUUUGAAACAUGUUUUUACUUUUCUAUUAAUUGUGCAAUUAAUAGUCUAUUUUCUAAUUUACCACUACUCCUACCCUGCUUCCUGGAACAAUACUGUUGUGGGUAGGAUGUGCUCAUCUUCAGACUUAAUACAGCAAUAAGAAUGUGCUAGAGUUUACACAUCUGUUCACUUUUGCUCCAGUAUGCUCUUUUGACUUAACUUCAAGCUUUGGGUUGAUGUGGGUAGGGUAGUGUCAAACUGCUUUAAGAGGAAUUGGACCAGUUCUGCGGCCUAAGAAGGUCUGUCUGGAUGUUUAUAGGCAGCUCCUCUGAAGUGGCCUAAAUUCACCCUGAUCUGAUAGUUUUCCUGCUUAGAAAGUGUGCCUUGGCCAGAUCAGUAUCCCAUAUGGGAGUGUUCCCUAGGUUGUAGCUGUGAUUGUUUCCAGAUGACCAGAUUGUUUUUCUGAAAAUGAGCAUAUUUUUAGUCAUGUUGAUUAGCUGUUCUUCUACAUCACAUUGUUACUCUUUCUGAUGAUGAUUCUAGGGUUAACAUUGGAACCAUCUCAAAGUAAUUACAAAUUUUUAGAUGGGUUUACAAUGUCUUCUAAACAUGUAAUCUAAAAAUAAUUGAGUCAGAUGCUAACGAGAUACUGCAGGCAUAACUGCUGUUUUUCUGACAACUGAUUGUGAAACCUUAAAACCCGCAUACCUCUUCUUAUAGUGAGGAGUAUGCAAAAUCUGGAAAGAUAUUCUAUUUUUUUUAUAUAGGUAGAUAGGAUCGCCAUUUAUUUCCUAUUUAGAUAUACUGACAUUCAUCCAUAUGAAAAUAUGCAGGUCAUUAGCUUACUAUAAUUUGACUAUUUACUUUUGACUUAAUGGGGCAUAAAUAAAACUUUCAUAGUACACAUGAGGUGGAUAUUUGAUACACAGAACAUUUGUGGUGGGCUUUCUGUGGGUUAGAUGUAAAGCCCACAUAUUUUAAUAUUCACUAUUUUAAAUGAGCAAUGCAUGAGGGGAAUGCAGUGUCAGUACCUGGCCUAUUUUUAAACUAGUGUAAUCACCCUAGUCAUACCAUUCAGUAUGUUUGCUUUUAAAAUAAGUAACCACAAUUAAGUUGUUUUAGCCCUUGCACUUCAAGAGAUCUAGUCUUUACUUUCAGUUGUCUGUUAGGUCCAUUCUAUUUACUAGACGGAUGUUAAUAAAAACUAUGUGAGCCUGAACGAAUUCUCGGCCAAAUUUAGUCUUGUCUCUCAUCUUGAUUGGAUUAAUUCCAAAUUCUAAAAUGAGUCAGUCCACAAUAGCUCUAAGGGAUGAAGAAUUUGCCUUACUUUAUUGUUCACUCAGUUCCUAAGACUGUGAGUUGUCAAAUCCCUAGACUGUAAGCUCUUCAAGGAGCAAGAAGCGCAUUUUCUCCGUGUCAUGUAAUUUUUCUAAGGUGCUUGGCAGCACUCUGUACCCUGUGGAGUACUCAGUACCUUUUGUUUGAUGUUGCUGACAAGACCUAAAAAACAAUCCCUUAAAAAAAAAAACGAUUAAAAUGUAGCAAAACCGA